AUGGAACCCGUGACGUUGGACGUGUGGUGGUACUACAUGCUCGAACUAGGAUUCUAUUUCUCCUUGUCCGUGACGCUGAUGUUCGACGUGAAGAGGAAAGACUUCCUGGCACAGAUGACCCACCACGUGGUCACCAUCAGCCUCUUGAUGGGAUCCUGGAUCAACGGCGCCACUCGGGUUGGCUCCCUCAUCCUUCUCGUCCACGACUGCGCUGACGUCUUCCUCGAGUGUGGGAAAUUGAUGAAGUACUUCCACAUAUCGGAAAAAAUUAUUCAUACAGUGUUCGUCAUGUUCUUAGUAACAUGGGUCCUCACCCGAAUCAUCUACUUCCCACUCUACAUCAUCAUCCCGAUAACUCAAGGUUUGCUCGACUGGGAUCGAGAGCGCCAUGGUAGCUGCUUCGCCUCCAAUGUCAUCGUCAUCCUUCUCUGGUCCCUCUUCGGCCUCCACCUCUACUGGACUGUUCUCAUUCUUCAAAUUGUCUACAAAUCUGCCAUUCUCAAGGUCUGCUUCUCCACAUGCCUCAUAGAGUUUCGAUAUGUUUUCACCGACAAGGAGGUCAACGACUGCCGGAGCGAAGACGAAGAUUCCGACGAUGACAAUGAAGUCAGAUAUAAAAAAUCAAAAUGACUCGCAACUAUAAAUCUCCUGAAGUUGACUUCCAAGACCAUUGCCCUUGCAAUCUCUGGGGAAGGAACAAAUGGUAGAGUUAUCAAACACAAAGCUGCAUCAAGUCAUCUACGAAUAGUGCACCGAGAUACUGACGAUCCACUUCAGUUGCAAAUAAAAGUAAUAUAUUCUAAGCUUAC